AUGUAUCAUUGCUCCUAUCCAACCACACAGACUGCCAGUCGCCUGGCUAUGGCUGUGAGAGAUGACAGAACUCGGUCCCUGUCUACCAUCAGCCAACGUUCUACUGCUUGUCAACAACCCUUCCCGGAAGAGCUGCACUCGCGCUUCGGCAACGGCGGCAGCAGCCUCUGGGGCUAUAAUAGAUUCUGCUCUAUGAUCCAUUCAUCUACCAUGCCCUCUACUGUUCUCGUCACCGGUGCAAACGGCUACAUCGGCAACGCCGUCGCCCGCGCCUUCUCCCGCGCCGGCUGGAUCACAUAUGGCCUCGUGCGUUCCGAGUCCGCAGUACGAUCCUUACAGCUGGAGGAGAUACUGCCUGUGCUUGGCCAGAUUGACGACAUUGACUCGCACAGUGCCAUCUUGCACCAGCUGCCAAAGACCCUUGAUGCAAUUGUCUCGACCACAGAAAACCUGGACGACUACAUCACCCACCACAAGAACACAAUCCAGCUCUUACGAACACUCUCUCUUGCCAGCGGACGACACGGCGUCCGUCCGCUCGUUAUCGUUUCCUCAGGAUGCAAGGAUUACGGUAUCGGUCCGCACUAUCAUGGAGACCGGGAUCUCAAACCACAUACCGAAGAGAGCCCGCUCAACCCGCCUGACCCCGUAUCCAAGCGCGCGAAUAUGUCGCUAGAGAUCUUCAAGAAUAGCGAUGCUUUCGCUCCCGUUCUCGUCCGGCCCACAAAUGUCUACGGCCGCUCAGCAAGCUAUUACCGCGGCUUCUUUGAAGUGGCGGUACUGGCUAAGAAACAGAGUCUCCCUCUGCAGAUUCCCGUCUCACCAGCCUCCAUCUGCCAUGCGCUCCAUGUUGACGACUGCGGCGAUGCGUACGUCGCACUCGCCGCGCAUCCGCGCCGGGCAGAAAUCGAGGGGGGGAUCUUCAAUAUAUCUGGGCGGGAAUAUGAGACCGUCAAUCAGAUCGCGCGGGCGCUGGUCGCUGAGUAUGAUCUAGCCGGAGUAGAAUAUGUUAACUCUGAAGAUGUAGGGCCUGUAGGCAAAGCAUGGCCGCCGAUGCUGAUUGAUUUCCCGCAGUGGACUGGAUCGAAUAAGAUCAGAGAAAUUACAGGGUGGAGGGAUAUGAGACCGCUCUUUAGUGACACGGUCGGGUUGUAUAGACGGGCAUACGAAGCGGCUGUUGAAACUGGACAUGAGAAUAUUGCGAAGAUGGUCAAAAGGGAGAAGAUGUUACCGAGACAACAUAAAUGA